AUGACUCAAGCAACUUUAACAUUAUCGAAUUAUUUUUACGAAUCAAUGAUUCAUUUCCCUUUCAUAAGAGAUACACCUAAAUCUCAUCAAUCUCAUCCUACUUCUUCUGAUCGCUGCCCACCAUACCGGUCAGCAGAUUUCCGCAAUUUAGAACAAGUGAUACAAGAGGCUGAUCAAAUGUUUGCACAAGAUAAAAUAUUUGAAUUAUUUAUCUUUCUAAAUGAUAAAGUGGAAACCUAUGCUCAAGAAUGCGAAUACCUGUGGAGAUUAUCACGAUCUUAUUAUCAUAUCUCAAAAUGGAUCUCGAGACAGAAAAAGGAAAAGAGAGUACCAACCAAAGAAUUCAAGCAACUCUCCAAAUUGUUAGCGGUUUCUAAUCAAUUCAACCUACAUGCCGAAACGAUGAACGAAAAUUUUAUCGGCGAAAAUACCGAUAAGUCUAUCGAAAUUUUGGCGAAGGCGGGAUUGAAAGCUGCCCAUCAAGCUAUAAAAACGAAUGAAAAAAACGCCUCCGCUCACAAGUGGUACGGAAUCUCUCUGCAAUCCAACCUCAUUUACCAAAGCAAGAAUAUUCAAUUGGGCACGUCGUUCGAUAUCAAGAAACAUUUCGAGAAAUCGAUCGAAUUGAACCCACGUGACCCCACUACACAUCAUUGCCUGGGAUGCUGGCAUUACGAGAUCGCCAAUCUGCCGUGGUACGUGAUAUCGUUCGCGAGCUUUAUGGGGACGCCUUACAACUCGACGGUAGAGAACGCCCUCACCUGUUUCCUGCAAGCCGAGAAGGUUCAAGAAAAUUUUUAUAGCCAAAAUUUGUACAUGAUAGCCUGCGCUUAUCAGAAAAUGUCUGACUUCAAAAACUGCCAAAUUUAUUGCGAUAAAAUUAUGCGAACGUUUAAACCCGGGAAACCCGAAGAUACGGAAGUUAUAGAGAAAACCAAAGUAUUGAAGAAUUCGCUGGAACAGGGAAUACCUAAAAUGCCGAUAUCAACUUAAAUGUCCACUCAUAUAUUAUAUUUUUUUUUUCGACACCUUUUUUUUUUUUUACAUAACAAUUAUCAUAUAAAACAUUUCAAGAUUUUAACUUUAAACUUUGCAAUUAAAAAA